UCCUGGCCUCCCUCUGUCGAUCUCACACCGGUGAGCGCCGCAAUAAAUAUUCGUACUACGGUCUGUCUAGUCUGCGAACUGCGAUUUGGGACGGAAUGGCUCCUAAAUCCUUCGCGAUUCAACGUUCGGCAGCCAUCCUUAAUAUCGUUAUUUAUCGCCUUGUGUACGAGGAAUCUGUCUCGGCCAGGCAGUGGUCCUGGCUCACUACUACGAGAAGAUCUUGCGCAAAGGGCGGGUGCCGGGGUUCUGACAAGGGUUAUCAUGCAAGGGUACUACUGAGCGUCCAGGGAUCCUCUUUCUGGCUCUUGGUCCGUGGGGAAGCCGUGUGUAGUAUGUGUGCGUGUGCGAUUUGUGCUUGUGCUUCGUGGUAUUGCACAAGAGACGAAAACAUGUCCGAUUGGAAACCGCACUGGCGAUUCUCUGAGACAGCGACCCGAAGUCAACAACCGUCGCAGUCCGCAGAAUCGUUGUCUGGAGCUGGCGCUUGCUGGCGGAUACAUACACAGGGCCGCCAGCCAAAGCACACAGCAUCCGAAGACAAAGUCGAAGCGCCCCGGGCAACUAAGUUACGAGAGGCUAACUCGACGCACGCGCGGCACAGUACUACUUAUAUGUAUCAGGUCGAUUCAGCUUCCGAUGUUGUAUGAGCCCAAGCAGCUAUCAACUCAGAAGCCUUGGGAUAGGAAUCGUGAGAAGAUUACUUAUGCCCACCGGCCCCGCGCAAAACCCUGUACCCUGCAGCCCCCCAAUCACUCGGUUACGAUUACGAUCGUUGCUACUGUACA